AACAUUCAUUUGCAUUGCCAUCCUCUCUCCUAUUUGUCCCCGAAUCAAAACAGAAUGGAAUUGAUCCAGAGUUUGAGGUUAUCCUAUCAAAAGGCUACGCAGGGGAGGAACAUUUUAUUACUACGGCCGAUGGAUAUAUUCUUGGUCUUCAAAGGAUCCUUCCAAAAUUUGAAGUCCGUCCUAAAAAGGUUGCACUUUUACAACACGGACUUUUGGAUUCUGCUCACACCUGGAUAAACAAUCUUGCUAAUCAAAGCUUGGGCUUUAUAAUGGCGGAUCUUGGUUAUGAUGUUUGGCUUGGCAAUAGUCGUGGCAGCACUUAUUCUCGGGAGCAUAAAGUGCUCGAUCCAUCAAAACGAGAAUAUUGGAGCUUCACAUACGAUGAAAUGGCUAAAUAUGAUCUUCCUGCGAUGAUCAAUUAUAUAAAGAGCGUCACUUCUGUUGAAAAAAUAUUUUACAUUGGUCAUUCCCAGGGUUGCCAAAUUGCAUUUGCACGCUUCAAUGAAGAUCCCGAACUCCAGAAUAGCAUUCAUGCUUUUGGCGCCCUGGCUCCCGUUGCUUACGUUGGAAACAUAAAAGGCCCUAUUAGCUUUAUAGCUAAAUUUGGGCAAAGCCUUCAAUCCGUCAUGGAAUGGUUUGGAAACGGAAUGUUUCUUCCGUCGAACGCUUUAAUGAGACUUCUUGAUAUUCUUUUCUGUCAUCAAAGUGAACUACCUGCGAUCUGUAGGAAUAUUAUAUUCCUAAUUGCUGGAUUCGAUACUGUCAACACUAAUAAGGUUAGUUGA